GUUCGAUGUUCUGAUUAGUAUUUGUGCGCCGCUGACUUUGUAAUGUUCGGAAAAACUUUUGGAAAAACUCCAAGCUUAAACUUGUAACUAUUUGGUGUGUUGAGCAAGUGCAAAAAUUUCGCAAGAACAAACAUAAUUAUUGAGUUUGGGUAAUAAAUAACUGCGUCGAGUUGUUGAAGUGUAUUGUGAAAGUGUACGAACCAAAUAAGGAAUAAACAUACAUCGCAGUAAUUAAACAGGAAAACUUACAACAACAAAAGGACAGUUUUUUAGUGAAUCGGCAGUCAGUGGAUUAAGCAUUGUAAAAUCUUUAUAAUGGGAUCUAUACCGAAAUUGUCAAUUGUGAAGGGGCAACAACAGGACAUUACACCGCGUCCAUUGCAUCGCAUUUUCGAAGCCAAUCUGCUGCAUCACUCACACAAGACCGCGCUAAUAACACACAACAAUGGCGACUCCAUUGCCUCCGAGUCCACACAAUGCACCUACAAGCAGUUAAAUCAGCGCGCUAACCAAUGUGCACGUCUGCUAGUAGCUGAUAUAAAACGUAAUUGCCUGCAGCCCAACAACGAUGGUGACUACAUUGUGGCGGUAUGCAUGGAGCCGUCCGAUGUGCUUGUCAAUACACUGCUCUCGAUUUGGAAAGCCGGUGCUGCUUAUCUACCAAUAGAUCCAACCUUUCCGAACAAUCGCAUACAACACAUAUUGCAGGAAUCACGUCCCGUUAUAGUGCUUUGCGAUGACAAUAUCGACCGUCAACGCUUUAACAGUACACCGACCAUCAGCAGCUCUGAGCUUUUCCAUCGUUCGGCCGAAUUGAGUAACGCUAAUUUGAUGCCGGCCGAAAUGCUGGCCGACGGUACUAAUAAUUUGGCAAUUGUGCUUUACACAUCGGGCAGCACUGGCGUACCGAAGGGUGUGCGUCUGCCGCACGAGAUAAUCUUGAAUCGUUUGCAAUGGCAAUGGCAUACAUUUCCCUAUGCGCCAACUGAGUCCGUGAGCGUUUUCAAGACCGCACUCACCUUUGUUGAUUCGAUAUCGGAAUUGUGGGGACCGCUGAUGUGUGGUCUUUCUAUUUUGGUUGUUCCAAAAUCGAUAACUAAAGAUCCGGAGCGUUUGGUGGAUUUGCUGGAGAAAUACAAAAUACGUCGUUUAGUUUUGGUGCCGACACUUUUACGUUCGAUUUUGAUGUUUUUAAAGUUGAAUGAUGGCAAUAAUAAAUGCCAAAUGUUGCAGCGCGAUCGUCUACUGUACAAUUUGAAGAUUUGGGUUUGUUCCGGGGAACCAUUACCAGUAGCUUUGGCUGCGAGUUUCUUCGACUAUUUUUCCGAAGGCAUACAUACGCUAUACAAUUUUUAUGGAUCCACCGAAGUGAUGGGCGAUGUCACUUAUUUUGCUUGUGAAAGCAAGAAGCAAUUAAGCUACUUCGAUCAUGUGCCGAUUGGUAUUCCACUUUCAAACACUGUGAUAUAUUUACUUGACGGCGAUUUCCGACCAGUCAAGCAAGGAGAAAUUGGAGAAAUUUUCGUUUCGGGUCUAAAUCUAGCCGAAGGUUAUGUAAACGGUAGAGAUCCAGAAAAGUUCGUGGAAAACCCCUUGGCUGUGGAAUUUAAAUACUCACGCCUCUAUCGCACCGGUGAUUACGGCUCCUUACGUGACGGCAAUGUAAUGUUCGAAGGACGCACUGACUCUCAAAUAAAAAUUCGUGGUCAUCGUGUUGAUCUUGCCGAAGUUGAGAAGAACGUUUCAGAAUUACCAUUCGUCGAUAAAGCGAUCGUAUUGUGCUAUCAUGCUGGUAAAAUUGAUCAAGCAAUUCUGGCUUUCGUAAAAUUACGCGACGAUUCACCACUACUGAACGAAAUGCAAAUUGAAGCGAAAUUGAGGGACAAACUUGCUGAGUAUAUGACACCACAAGUGGUUCUAAUCGACAAGGUGCCCUACCUUGUCAACGGUAAAGUAGAUCGGCAAGCACUACUAAAAACUUACGAGACGGCAAAUAAUAACGAAGGUGACUCCAGCAUUGUACUGGACUACGACUAUACGCACGUACCCGAAGAUGUCCAGCAUAUAGCCAGGGAUCUUUUUGAGACUGUGGGUGGGGUGAUUGGGCGCUCAACACGCACUACUCUAUCGCUGCGCAGUAACUUUUAUGAGUUGGGCGGAAACUCAUUGAAUUCCAUUUAUACAGUUACGUUGCUGCGUGAAAAGGGCUACAAUGUUGGCAUAUCCGAAUUUAUUGCGGCUAAAGAUUUGGGUAAAAUAUUGGAGAAAAUGGUGCAUAACCGCAAUUCGAAUGCAAUGAUCGAGGACUGGUCGAAUGCUGCACCACAUCUCAACAUGAUCGCUGAACCGCUUAGCCAUGCGCAUAAACAGGAUGUAGUUGAAAUCAUCGUCGACAGCUUCUAUGGUAAAGCGGAUCUGGAGCAAUGGCUAAAACCUGACAUUUUUCCAAAUGAUUACAGUGAUCUAAUCAAUGAUAUAUGGGACGCUUUGGUGGAAAAGAACCUAAGUUUGGUGGUGCGUGAUAAACGCACGGAUCGUAUCAUCGGUACGGCAUUGAAUUUCGAUGCACGCGCUGAGCCAGAGGUUGAGGUGAAAUCGAAAUUGAUCAUCGUUUUUGAGUUUUUGGAAUUCGUUGAAGGUCCUAUACGGGACAAUCAACUGCCGAAAGGACUCAACCAAAUACUGCACUCAUUCAUGAUGGGCACCAGCUCCGAUUUAAAUCCACAAGAGAAUAUUGCCUGCAUGCAUUUCAUGGAAAAUGAAGUGCUGCGCGUUGCUAGAGAGAAGCACUUCGCUGGCAUUUUAACAACCAAUACGAGUCCCUUAACGCAGCAAUUGGGCAAUGAUGUUUAUCAGUACAAAACAUUGCUGGACUACCAGGUCAAUCAAUAUGUGUACAACGAUGGCACUGUACCCUUUGGCAAAGCGCCCGAUUCGCAACGUGCCAUUGUCCAUUGGCGCGAAGUGACCGACUGAGGUGUGGCGUAGCGCAUCAUCGUUACCAUAUUUAUACAUUUUGUUAGUGAUUUUUCAUAAUUUCUUGAUUUGAAUCAUCAGUAUUUACGCUGCGACGUUCUAUCACCCGACUUAUUGUGUUAAAAUUGAGCUUCGUGUAGCUGUUAAUUUCGAGUACUGGUAGCUCUGUAACGCACACUGGAAGUCACCUUUUGUUCUCUCACCUCAUUCGUUGAUAUGGAAAUCGCGUUUAACAUUAAGCAAUUGAAUAUCAGUGCGCGUUUUCAUAAUUUUACAUAGUAUUAUUUUAUUUGUUACAUAAAUAUUUUAUUUUACACAUACAUACCAUUAUUAUAGUUGGCAACUCUCAAGGAAUGGAGUUUUCAUUUUGCAUGUACCUGUUGAAUAAAAAAUAAAUCAUCCAUAUUUAUAUAUUUAAGGCUAUUAUAUAAUUAUCUAAAUUAAAAACAAAUGUUUAAUAAAGAAAACCGUAGGAAGGUGUUGUCUUUUUUAUUUAAUUUCAUCCUAAUUCUUCUUUAUACAAAUGAGGAAACGAUAUCUAUUCGGACGACGCAUCCUAGCAAUUUAAUUAUCAUAUUAUCAUAGAGUUAGAGUUGGCAAAUAUAGAGUUUGAGCCCACUCAACUGAAACAAGAAUAAAUUCAUGUUUUUUCAAAAAAUCAUUACCCAAUAAUAUUAAAAUAUUUUUGGAAAACGUUCGUAAAUUAACAAUAAAUAAAUAAUUCGUACUAUUUUAAAGAAUUCAAUGUAUUCAAAAUCUAAAGCUCGCAAAAUACUGUAAGCAACUGGUGGUAAGCUGAUGCUAUAUUUCUGAUUUUGUCAAUUUGUAUUUAUUAUAAUAACAAAACCUGGCGACUGCCUGCUCAGUUGCUUGUGAUUACUAUCCGUUAGCCAUGCAUAAUGUAACUUUUGGAAUAAUGUUGAUAGCGGCGGUACUAUGCUCGCGCCAGCUAGGAGUGUACAGGGUUUGUUCGGGAAAUACUAGGUCUGAGUCGAUUUAAGAAAAAAUUUAUUGAACCAAUCGUUACAGUUCUUCAAAAACUUUCAAAAUAGGCUCCUUCUGCGUCAAGUGAUAGCAGCUGUAAGGCGACCAAAAGUAGUUCAUGGUGGUGAUGUGAUUUUGAUCAUUACAUCAAAUGAUGGCAUCAUGUGUUGGUGUCAAAUAAAUUGACAGCACAUGAUGCUUUUGAUUUACAAAGUGAGCGCGAUGUGAUCAGGUGACGUAAUGUAAUUAGAUAUUUAACUGCGAUGUGACGUGAUAAUAUAUUUAACUCACAUGAUUUCAGUAAGUAUGGAUGUGCUAUAGUUUGACCAUGCAGAUUUUAGUUUUGCACAAAGUGAUUCUGAUGUUAUCGGGCGAUGUGAUGUGAUUUGAUGAUUACAUCAUAUGUUCACAUCAACUCCACAUGAACCGAAAAAAGAUUGCAGCAGUAAUGUU